AUGACAGUUGAUAAUUCACAAAUACCAAAUUUAAACCAACCAGAAUCAUUUGCAGAUUUAUGGGAUGGUUAUGAAAAUGUAUCAAAAGCAACAGAAAAAGGUGUAUUAUUAUUAAAAGAUAUAACGAAAUUUUUUAAGAAAAGAAUACAAUCAGAGGAUGAAUAUAGUAAAACUUUAUCAAAGUUAGUAUUAAAAUUUGAACCUAUGGCACCUGAUGGAUAUAUUGGACCACGUUUAAAGAAUACAUGGGAUCAAAUUAAAUUGGAGACAUUGACACAUUCGAAUCAUCAUGAGAAUAUAUGUAAUAAUAUAUCGACACAUAUAAUUGAACCGAUUGAAGGGUUAAUAGUUGAUUUGGAACAAAAGAUGAAAUCCAUUCAUGUGGAUGCCGAGAAAUCCUUUAUACACUAUCAAGAGUCAGUGGCGAAAUUGAAAAAAGCCAAACAAAACUAUGAUAGAUUAUGUAAGGAUUCAUUCGAAAUCACAGGAGUUAGUAAAGGUGAGACACAGAAAGUACAAAAACGUGCCAUCAAAGCGGCCCAAGAUGUGAUCAAAGCCGACAAAGACUACAGAGCACAAAUCAACGAGACAAACACAUCACAGAAACAGUUUCUCACCGAACUAAUACCAAAGAUAAUGAACGAUUUACAACGUUUGGAGAUGGUGCGUAUUCAUAUGGUGAAGAGUUACUUUCAUCGUUAUUUCAAAUCAAUGGAAUCAACACCACAGAAAUUCAAUACAGAGACUGAGAAUCUACUAAAUCUCAUCAACUCUAUCAAUAAUGAAGAUGAAAUUCAAGAUUUCGUUAGAAAAUCUAAAACCACACAUAAAUAUCCAAAACCAUUCGAAUAUGAACCUUACUUGGAUAGAUUCACCACACCUCCACCCCCACCACCACCACAAAUCUCUUCACCACAAUUACUAUCACCACGUGGUGAUAUCUCAAUUCAACAUUCAUCAUCAUCAAAUAGUUUACCAAUUUUUCCAACUCAACAUCAACUUUUAUCAAAUAAAGAAAAAGCCGAUAAUAAUAUAACAAAUUCAUUAUCAUUAUCAUCUGAUAGUUUACAAACAAAUUUAAAUAAUGGCAACAAUGGUGGUAACGGCAACAAUGGUAGUAAUACACCAACUAAAGAAAAGAAACCAAGUAGUUGGGGAUUAAAAAGAUUUAGUACAUCAGUUAGUAGUACAUCAGAUAGGAAGUUAUUGAAUAAACAAAUUCAAUCUAUUGGAUUAGCACAUAAUGGUGGUAAUAUAUUCAAUUGUAAGAUAGAGGAUAUUAUGGUAGCACAAAAGAAAAAGUAUCCAUAUUUAGAGAUACCUUUUAUAGUUGUAUUUUUAAAACAUAAAUUGGUUGCAUUGGAUGUAUUUAAGACUCAGGGUAUUUUCAGAGUACCUGGUAAUGUCGUGGAUAUCAAUUCAUUGAAGAAACGAUUCGAUGAGGGUAAUUAUGAAGUUGCCCCAACUGAAAAUGUUUAUACAAUUGCAUCACUUUUAAAACUUUGGUUAAGAGAGAUCACUGAACCACUAUUCCCAUUGACUGUCUAUGAUCAGUGUAUUGAAAAUAGUAAUAAGAGAGAAAAGAUCUUUGAAAUCAUCUCAAGUUUACCAAUACUAAAUCAAAAAACAAUUAGUUACAUCAUAGAGUUACUUCAAGAAUGUGGUAAAUCUGUUAAUGUUGAACAUAAUAAAAUGAAUUUCCCAAAUUUAGCAAUGGUUUUCUCACCUUGUUUCUUACGUUGUUCUCAUACUGAUCCAAAUAUUCUAUUAGGUAAUAUCUUUAAAGAGAAAGAAUUUGUUCAAAAUAUAAUUGAACAUUUUAAACCAUUACAAGUUAAUGAUUCUUUAGAAGGUCCACCUUCUUCUUCCUCUUCCUCUUCAACCUCAAUUAAUCAAUCAUCAAUUGAAUCACCACCAACUUCACCACUUAGAUCUUCAACAAAUUCUAAUGCCAAUAAAUCUUCAACACCAAUUAAACCAUCAUCACCAUCACAACAACAACAACAACAACAACAACAACAACAAUCAUCAACACCAUCAACACCAUUAUCAUCUACUACCAAUACAAAUGUAAAACAUAAUAUAUUAUCACCAAUUGUUGAACAACAAUCACCAAAUAAUGGUAAACAACCAAUUGCUCUUACUCAAACUUAUAGUCAUUUAAAUAUUGGUAGUGUUCCAUUAAUUAUUAAUACUGUAAAUAAUAAUAAUCAAAAUCAAAAUCAAAAUCAAAAUCAAAAUCAAAAUCAAGAUCAAAAUCAAAAUCAAUCAAAACAACCAAUACAAUCAUCAAAUCAAACUCAACAACAAGUAUCAGCACCAGCAACACCACAUACAGUUGCAGUUAAUCCAAAGAUUAAUCAAAUUAAAGCAGAGACUAUUACAACACCACAGAAAUCAAUUGGUGAUGGUAAUGGAUUGAUUGGACAAUCACCAUCAGCACAUUUAAUGUCACCAUCAGAGGUUAAACGUAGAUCAAAUGCAAUUUAUUUAGAGGAUCAAGAACGUUGUAAACAAAGAAUCGAUGAAUUACAUACUCAAGUAAAUGAGCUAUAUUCAGAUAUUACAACCAUUGAAACUACAACCUACUUUGCUAUGCAAUCAUCAUUGUUGAUUACAAAGUUAACCAAAUCAUUAGAAUCAUUCCUAACUAUUGACAUGUGGAAUUUAACUUUACAAGAUAUUAAAGAAGCAAUUGAAAAGAACAAAUUCGUAUCACCACCACCAAUCAAUUUCAAAAUUCCUUCAAAAAUGCCAAAACUAUCGCCAAUUGAAUUGGUGCAAAAUGAACAAUCAUCGGAAUUGCUACGUUCUUGGCUAUCAAAUGUAACCUUGACAGUGAAUCGUAUCAAUGAGUACCUUUGCUAUCUUGGUGGUGUCGUAAUUCGUAUUCAUUCACCUGAUACUCUAUUUGCAAUUAGUAAUCUUUUCACCGAUUACGACUUAUCACCACAACAAAAUCCAAAAUUUGUUUCAUUAACACUUGAACAAUCUACAAUUUUCAUUCAAAAAACUUUAGCACUCUUAGAACCAUUAAAUCCAUUCACUUCUGAUGAAUUAAAUAUUAAUGUAAAAGUACAAGAUACCAUCACUCCUGCUUCUUUCUCACCUGCUCUAAUCUCUGAUCCUGAUUGUAAUAGUCCACCAACAAUCUCAAAUACUACAAAUAGAUUAUUAAAUACAAGUGGUAGUACUGAUUUUUCAACAACUCCAUUAUCAUCAUCACCAAGUACUUCCUCGACUUCAUUAUCAACAAAUAAUAAUAAUAAUAAUAAUGGUAAUAGAAAUUUAGAUAUUAAUAAUAGUCCAACAAUUGUAAUUACAAAUUCUUCUUUAAAUAAGAGUGCAUUAUCAACAAAUAAUAAUAAUAAUAAUAAUAAUAAUAAUAAUAAUAAUCCAACAACUAAAUUAUCAUCAUCAACUUCUUCAACUUCAACUACUACUACUACAAAUACAAAUACAAAUACAACAACAAAUGAAAAAAUUGCACAUGCAAUUAUAUCACCAUCAAGUAGUACAACAUCAUUUAAAUUUGAUGAUGAUGAAGAUGAAGAUGAAGAUUUAUUAGAGAUUAAUAAUAAGUUACAUAGUCAAUUAACAGAAGAAUUAAAAAAGAAACAACAACAAUAUAAACAACUUAUAUUCGAUAUUAUUGAUAUGAUUAAAGAUAAAAAGAAAUUAAUGAAUUCAUUAGAUUUAACAAAUUCAGACUCUCAAUUAGAUAUUAAAUCAAUUGCAAAAUUAUCAUUAUCCUUAAAGAGAGCUUUAGAUAAUUUCACUUCAGAAAGUGGUUUCGAUAUUGAAGAUGAACAAGAUCCAAUCAUCAAUAAAGAGAAUGAUUCAUUUGUAAACUUAAAAAUUAUGACCUCUCAUUUCAUUAGUCGUAUCGUUUUAAUCUUAACUACAAUCUUAUCAAUUUCAAAUGAAUUCAAUUCAACACUUUACCAAUUAUUAUUACCAUUUAAUGAAAAUAAUAAUAAUAAUAAUGAAAAUAAUAAUAUCAAUAAUCAAUAA